GUGGAAUUGGAGGUGACCCCAGGAAUCAUUUAGUAGGUGAUCUACUAAUCCAGCAAUUGUCAUUUAAGACAAGAACAGCUCUCAUGCAUGCUUUCUUCCCUAUUUCUGAUUGUUGCUUUAGUGUUUGCUCUUUCCAGUAUCAUGUCCACGUCCACCAGCAAAAAUCCCUCCAGUUCCUCGUUAAUUUCCUUAAACGAAAGAGAAGUGAGCCCUGUUCUUGCCAGCUCAUCAAACACGUCAUGGGAGCUGCAUGCAGAUGACUUCACCAAGGAGUUAUCCUGUGCCCUUUGCCUCGAACUGUUUAAGGAGCCGGUCAUCCUGCCUUGCGGCCAUAACUUCUGCAAAUUUUGCCUGGAGACAAUGUGGGAUAAAAAGGGGGUUUUCUGCCCAGAAUGCCACAUAAACAUUCCUGACCGCGGGUUCAUAGCCAACCGAGCCCUGGAGAAAAUGGCAGAGAAGAUUAAGACUUUUCACGUGGGGGUCCAACAACAGAAAUGCCUUGAGCAUAGCGAGCCACUGACGCUUUACUGGAAACCCCAAGGGAAGCUUGCUUGUUUCACCUGCCGAGAAGCCCAGAUACCUAAAGAUCAAUGCACCCAGUUUCUCCUCAUCCCCGAUGCAGUGCAGAUAUAUACGGAAAGGCUGCUCGCGUUGAGAAUUCAGCUCAGGUCCAUCCUGGUAAAACUGGAGGUGUUGAAGAAUGCUCAGGAGGAGAAAAUAUCUAAUCAUAAAGAGAACAAAUUACAGCUGCAGUACCACAUCUCCUUGGAGUUCCUAAAGCUGCACCAGUUCCUUCAUAUCAAGGAGAAAACGUUAAUUCAUCGGUUAAAGGAAGAGAGUGAAAUCCUUCUGCAGGAAAUGGAAGCAAAUCUAAACAAGCUCCAAGAUCGAUCACAGAGUGCUAAGGACACCUUGGUCUGCAUUCAGGCUCGGCUGUACCAGCAAAAUUCUGCUGGCUUCCUAAAAGGAAUAAAACCAUUUAUAGAAAGGAUGGAGCACAAAACUGACAACUCAUCUCUGGGAGAAUUAGUGACCGGGACUCUGAACCCAGGAGAUUUCAAGGGGCCGAUGCAUUAUGCUAUUUGGAAAGAAAUGAAGUCCAUCCUCAAUCCAGACAUCACCUUUAUCACCUUGGAUCCUAAAACAGCCCACCCAAACUUGAUCCUCUCCGAAAGGAUGACUUGCGUCCGGCAUAAUGACAUAAAGCAGGUUCUUCCAGACAGCCCAGAGCGGUUUGACUGCAGCGUUUCUGUCUUAGGUUCUGAAGGAUUCACCACCGGGAAGCACUACUGGGAAGUGGAGGUGAAGAAGAAGACCAAGUGGACCUUGGGAGUUGUCCGAGAAAGCAUUAACCGCAAAGGGAAUUACCCGCUCUCCCCCAAGGAGGGCCACUGGCUGAUCAAGCUAAGGAAUAAGAACGAGUUAAAGGCUGUAGAUAUUCAUCCCAAGUGUCUAAUGUUGGCCAGCAAUCUGUGCAGAGUGGGGAUCUAUUUGGAUUACGAGGGGGGGCAGGUGUCAUUCUAUGAGGCCAACGCCAUGUCUCACAUCUACACCUUCGCAGACACUUUCACCGAUAAAAUCUACCCCUACUUUUGCCCAUGUCUGAAUGACUCCGGAGACAACAAGGAACCACUGAGAAUUAUUGCUUUUAGCAUGUAGAAGCGUGGUGAAGGAGAGACCUCCUUAGCAGAUAUGUCUCAGCCUGGCUCUGUGAGCAACAAGCCGCUUAGAGGACUGUGGGGAAGGAUCCCAAUGCCGGUGGAAGGGACCAGCCAGCACCACGGGCUUCUGCUGGGGUUGACUCCCAGCUGUUUCCAACAGUAGAGUAGCUCCUUUGCCCCUUUCCGUGGUUCAGCUGUGACAGCUGUCACGUCUGAAAAGGUGGCAGGAUGCCUCCUCUGCCACUUAAACAGCAUCCCCUGUUUAAUCGGUCCACCGAUUUCUUUCUGUGAGGAUAUCUGACCGUCAGGUUGA